AUGGAGGUGGAAAACCAGACCUCGGAGGCUCUGCGACGGGAGCUGUCCUGUCCCGUGUGUAAGGACAUCUUCAAGGACCCUCUGCUCCUGCCCUGCACCCACUCCUCCUGCAGGGACUGUCUGCAACGGAGCUGUACGGCCCACAAGAAGUGCCCUGUCUGCAGAAAUCCUUUCACCGAGGACCAGGCCAUAGCAAACCGCGAUCUGAAAAACGCGUGUGAGACUUUUGAGAGGCAGACCAGCUGGAGAGACCCCCCCAAACUGAGCGAGUUUAGCUGCAGAUUCCACUUCAAGCCCCUGGAGCUCUACUGCGAGUACGACGGGAGGCCUGUGUGCGUGGACUGUGCCACUCUCCACAGCACGCACCGCCUGCUCAGCAUUAAAGACGGGGCCCCUCUGUGUAAGAGCGAGCUGAAUGAGAAAGUCGGGAACUUUGAAAAGAAACUUGAUAAUUGUGGAAAAAUGAAGCAAAAGCUCGUCAAAACUGUUGAAUAUAUUGAGAAACAAGCGGUGGAAGCAGAGAAUCUGAUAAAGGGAGAAUUUGAAAGGCUCCAUAGAUUUCUUCAGGCCGAUGAAAACGCACGACUCAAAGCCCUGGCUACUGAGAAGGAAGAAAAGAUCGCAACUGUUCAGGAAUCCAUUCGGAAAACAGAGGAGUAUUUGAGCAGUCUCCAAGAUCAUCUGGACACUCUGAGAAAGGAACUAGACAAGGACGACCUGCCCCUUCUGAUGAACUUUCAGAAUAUCAAAGAGCAAACACAUUGGACAAAGAGUGUCCCUCAGAUUGAAAAGAAUUGCCUCCUUCCAUUGAGUAAUCAUGUGGGAUCGUUAGGCUUCAACAUCUGGAAGAGCAUGAAAGAAUGGGUCCAGUAUUAUCCCGUGGUUCUAGAUCCCAACACUGCCUCCGCCUGGUUGGCCUUGAGUCCAGACCUGACCAGUGUGAAGGAAAACCCGGAGCCACAGUCUGUCCCCGACAACCCAGACCGCUUCGACCCGUGCGUGUUCGUCCUGGGCGCUGAAGGAUACUCCUCCGGGAAGCACAAGUGGGAGGUCUCCAUUAGGGACAACCCCAAAUGGAUUGUGGGAGUGUGCAAGAAAUCAGUGGUCAGGAAAAAGAUGUUCAUAAUUUCAUCUGCAAGUGGAGUUUGGGCAAUAAGGCUCAGCAACGGCAUGAUCAAGGCUUUAACACCCGAACGCAUACAGGUCCCCGUCAGCUCUUGUCCAGAGACGGUGCGUGUUCGGCUCAACAUGGACAAGGGAGAGAGGGCAGUAUUGGUCCUUGGUCACGGCUUACACACGGAAAUAACAAGACUCGCGUUGACGUCUCUGGUUGACAUGGCUGACAGCAUGGAUGAGGACGUGACAGACGAGUCAUCGGAGGCUCUGAGACGGGAGCUGUCCUGUCCCGUGUGUAAGGACAUCUUCAAGGACCCUCUGCUCCUGCCCUGCACCCACUCCUUCUGCAGGGACUGUCUGCACCGGAGCUGUAAGACCAACAAGACGUGCCCGGUCUGUAGACAGGAUUUCACCGAGGACCAGGCCAUAGCAAACCGCGAUCUGAAAAACGCGUGUGAGACUUUUUUGAGGCAGACCAGCUGGAAAGACCCCCCACCGUCCCUGGAGUUUGUUUGUAAACUGCACCUCAAGCCCCUGGUUCUCUACUGUGUGAAAGACGAGGAGCCUGUGUGUGUGGACUGUGCCAUUCUCCACAGCACGCACACCCUGCUCAGCCUUAAGGAUGGGGUCCCUAUUUGUAAGGAUGAGCUGAAUGACAAAGUCGACAUAUUUGAAAAGAAAGUUGACUUGCACAGAAGAAUGAAACAUAGGUUUGCAAGAGCUGUGGACCACUUGAAGCAGCAAGCAGGAGACGCAGAGAAACAAAUCAAAGAAGAAUUUCAAAAGCUUCACAACUUUCUUUUGGCGGAAGAAAAUAUGCGUCUUGAGGUCUUGGCCAAUGAAGAAAAGGAGAAGACAAUUAAUUUACAAGAAAAAAUAUCCAAAACAGAAGAGGAUUUAAAAAUUCUUAGAAAACAUUUGGACACUCUGAAAAAAGAGAUGGGAAACGAAGACCUGCCUUUCCUGAUGAAUUUCCAGAAAGUAAAACGAGAAGCGGAAUGGACCAAAGAUGACCCCGCAAUCUUUCAUCAUGACCUCCUGGAUAUGAGUAAACACGUUGGGGCUUUAGGCUUCACUGUCUGGAAAAAGAUGAAAACUGUUGUUAAUUAUAACCCAGUGGUUCUCGAUCCUAACACUGCUUCCCCAUGGUUGGCUUUAAGUCCAGACUUGACCAGUGUGAAAGAAAACCCAGAGCGACUCAGCGUCCCUGACAACCGGGAGCGCUUUGACCCGUGUGUGUUUGUCCUGGGAGCUGAAGGAUACUGCUCUGGGAAGCACAAGUGGGAGGUCUCUGUUGGAGACAACCCUAAAUGGAUGUUGGGAGUGUGCAAAGAAUCAGUGUUUAGAAAACGAAGGUUUACAGUGUCGACCAGCCGGGGAGUUUGGGCCAUAGCGCUUAGCAAAGGGGUAUACACUGCAUUAACACCUGAACGACCAGAGCUGCCUGCGAGCUCACGUCCAGAGAAGAUCCGCAUUAAACUGAACAUGGACAAGGACAAGGACAAACAUGAAAGACGGGACCCGGCUGUGCCAGCGAUGGCAUUUCCCCUCCCUGUUUCUGUCAUCCUCUUGGCUUUGCUGUUGCUGGAGCCACCAGUAUGUCACACCGGUGACUGUAAGGGCCACAGACAAGUAUUAAGAGGACCUCCAGGUUAUGUCACAGAUGGACCAGGAAACUACUCUGUCAACGGAAAUUGCGAGUGGCUCAUUACAGCUUCCAGUAACAGUCACAGGAUUGUCCUGAAUUUCACCUUUAUGGACACAGAGUGUACCUAUGACUACCUGUUUGUUUAUGAUGGAGACUCUUAUCAAAGCCCACUGCUUGCCAGCCUCAGUGGCAACACACUACCACAACCGAUUGAAGCCAAAUCGGGCAAGAUGCUGCUCCAUCUAUUUAGUGACGCCAACUACAAUCUCUUAGCCUGCUCCAUACAUGGUCAAUGUGACAAGAAAGGUGAGCGAUGUCUGUGUGAGCCAGGCUUUAUCGGCCACAGCUGCCAGCUAGGCCUUCGAGAAAAUGAUGGAUCAGGGCAGUGGUUGCACAUGAGUGAUGGAAACCCUUACACCCCUGCCAGAACAGGUUCUGCUGGUGUUUACAUAUCCUCCACCGGAUCCAUGUACUUGUUUGGUGGAUUUGACCUUAACAGAGCACUUGGUGACCUAAUCAAAUACAACAUCACGUCUAACCAAUGGGACAGCAGGUCUUAUGGUCACUCACCUGUGGCUCGGCAUUCCCAUACAGCUGUAGAAUGGUCUGGUAACAUGGUUAUCUUUGGGGGUGAACUUGCUAACGGUUCUCUGUCAAGUGAUGUCUGGAUGUACCGGCCUCUUCAAGAUGACUGGCAGCAACUUGGAUUUUCCUUUUCCCAUGGUGCUCCUAGACUGGCUAACCAUGCAGCUGCUGUAGUGGACAGCCAUCUCUAUGUGUUUGGAGGUCGCACUGAAGAAGAUAUGUUUUCUUCUUCUUUGUUUCGCUUUGGUCUUCAUGGUUCAGGCCGGUGGGAGACUGUUGAACCCACAGGAGGGAAACCCCCUGCAACAGCUGGUCACUCAAUGGUGUUCCACAGCCCCUCAAGAACGUUGCUGGUGUAUGGUGGCCACAGACCCACCACGGCCAGGUUCAGUGUGAGGGUGAACAACACUGACAUGUUUCAUGUGGACCGACGCUUCUGGACUGCUUUGCGUUCCCGCUUUCCAACAACAGGGCCCAGAGAAAGAGCCUUCCACUCAGCCACAGUCAUCGGAAACUACAUGGUGGUCUAUGGUGGAAAUGUUCACAUUCACUACCAAGAAGAAAAGUGUUAUGAUGAGGAGAUAUUCUUUUAUCAUCUUGGCUGCCAUCAAUGGGUCUCUGCUGGGGAAAGCUCUCUGCAUGAUGGCGAGACAGUGAGAGGUCGUUACUCACAUGUUGCUGCUGUGAUGGACGGACGAGUGUUGCUUGUUGCUACCGGUUACAGUGGCGUUGCUCGUGGAGAUCUUGUGGCAUACAAAGUACCAUUGUUUGUCACUAGUGAUCAAGGUGACAGGGAUGCCAUCUGUGCUGAAGCUUUAGAUGAAAGUAUGUGCCUCAAAAAUCCAGAAUGCAGUUGGUGUGAAGGCCGUUGUCGAGAGUACCAGCCCACAAAUCUGUGUGGGAGCACAGGUUGCCUGGGAUUAGCGCGCUUCCUGUCUGACUGCCAGUCUUGUGUUGUGUUCAGUGGCACACCAGCCUCUCUGGCCCGGGCCCCUGGUGAAUUUGGCUGGUGUGUUCAGAAUGAGUCCUGCUUACCUGUGUCAGAGCCAAGUGCGUGCCGCGUGGACCAGAUCUCAGGGGCGUACGGCUGGUGGGGGGAGCGUACCCUUUUCUUAACCUCCCUCCACUCCUGUCGCACCGAGAACUAUGUCCCGGGACUGCACCUGCUCACCUUCCAGCACCCUCGCAACGACUCCCAGCCUGACAAGGUGACCAUUCUCCGCAGUACCAACAUCAUCCUAAGCCCAACUACUGAGAUGGACGUAGCUCUUCAAUUCAGGGGCUUUAUCCACCCGCUGUGGGGGGCUCCACAGCCUAACUCCCCUCCAACAGAAACGGUUUCCAUGUGGGCUCGCAUACAGAGAUUACAUUUUGAGGCGAGAAUGGCUUCAGGACCCAACUCCAGCCAAUUGGAAGUAGUGGGUCGUUGGGCAGCCCAGCAGGAAAGGGAGUUAAAGCUCCUGGCUCGUCCAGAUGGAAGCAGACUGUUUUCAAAUUUAACCAGAGGGAACCAUUAUCUUGUUCAAGCUGAAGGAUAUUUGAAUAACUCUGGCUCGGGACAAACCAGCGAGAUGGCUCUAACCUGGAACAGAACAUUGCCUGGUGGGAGUGAGAUUUCCUUCCUCUUUCUUGAGCCUUAUCGGUCGGGCAUCUGCUCUGGCUACAUGUCCUGUUUGGCCUGUCUCUCUGACCAGUCUUGUGGCUGGUGCCCCUCCUUGUCUCGCUGUUUGCUACGUGACAGUCCAGAUUUGGAACCUUGUCCUGAAGCAGAUGGCAGAGUCGGUCAGCGCCAUCUGUUGUUGGCUCCUCAGCACUGCACCCUGUGUGAAGAGUAUAGGGACUGCUCAGCUUGUGCUCAGGAUCCUUUCUGCGAAUGGCAAAUAAACUCCAGCAAAAAAGGUGACUAUCAGUGCAGCCGUCGCGGAAGGCUUGAUGGGUCCAUACGCGAUCCAAAAGGAUGUCCAAAAGUUUGCAACCAGAGAAAGACAUGUGGAGAGUGCCUGUCUAACUCCAGCCAGUGCGCAUGGUGUGAGUCUGCCCAGGCCUGCUUCUACUUUGCUGCAUAUCUCACCAAAUACCCCUAUGGAGAGUGCAGGGACUGGUAUGACAGUGUUCACUCAGUUCCCCAAUGUAAGCAGUGUUCAGCUUUGAGCACAUGUACGGACUGUUUGCGUACAUUCCAGUGUGGCUGGUGUGGCGAUUACAACAAUCCUACUAUUGGAAAAUGUCUAAGAGGAGACUGGGCUGGCAUGGACGAUCCUUCUGUGUAUAAUUGCAGCGUUGCAGUUGCUGAAGCUCGAGCAGCAAACCCUGAACCCCAAACAUCAGCCCCGCCACGACCUUUGGAUAUGGAGAUUGACCUCGAACACCUGGAAGAUCAAAAUCAGGAUGCUAUCUGGUCCUACCCCACCUGCCCCGAUGUAGAAGAAUGCAGAUUGGGUCUUCAUAACUGCCACCCCUUUGCAACCUGCAUUAACACCCCAACAUCUUAUGAGUGCCAUUGUGAACGAGGAUUCACCGGAGAUGGUACAUUACAUUGCAAUCAGACCUGCUAUAAUGAGUGUCGCGAGGGCCAGUGUAGUGGGAGCCCACGUUUCGAGUGUGAGUGUGCUCUUGGCUGGACUUCAGAUCCGGCCACCCUCGUUCUGAGCGGUGUUGAAUGUGAUGUUGACUGUGGCUGCAAUUUCCACUCCACAUGUAUCACUGCCCCUGGGAUCUGUGAUGAAUGCCAAGACUGGACAACAGGCCCACACUGUGAGCACUGUCGGCCAGGCAGCUUCGGCUCCGCUCUGGCCGGAGGAGGCGGCUGUGUGCCUUGUGAUUGUAAUGGGCAUGGAGACUCACUGCGAGGCUACUGCCACAACCAGACAGGCCAGUGCUACUGUACUCACCACACUCAGGGACCACAUUGUGAGACCUGUCUGCCUGGCUACUAUGGAGAUCCCAGAAACAAUGGAACAUGCUACCGCCAGUGCCAAGGCCGUUCUGUGCUGCUGUCUCCCACUUCCUCGGCUCUCCCUCUGUCCUCUUCUUUGGGCUGGAGAAGUGGCGCAGAAGGGAAAGGAGGUCUCUCACAUUGCUUGUGGGUGCUUUCUGUGACCCCAAAUUUGUCUCCUUGUCUGCCGCGACAGCUCUGCCCCCCUGUAGCCAUCACUCUACAUCCAGACUCCCAUACACAUUGCAAAAACUCUUAUGUUUACGUUUUUGAUGGCCUGCCUCGGUUUUUAUCCAACGGUGUGGUUCACUCUGAUCACAAUUUGAUUGGCGCCUUUUGUGGAACUACCAGAACUGAGCCCAUUACUGUGGAGGCAACAUCGGGUGUAAUUUCAGUUUACUAUGAAGCAAACGUCUCCUCAAACAAGCCUCAAGGAUUCAAUGCAUCUUUCUGGAUUCACCGGUGCGACUUGACUGCAGAAGAUGGGGCAGCAGUCUGUCCUGGGGGCACACAGUGCAUCGGGGGCAUCUGCCAGUGUCCUCAAGGAUUUGGAGGACCACGCUGUGACCGACCUAUUUGCCCAAAUGAUUGUGGAAUCGUAGAUGGACGUGGAAUUUGCAAUACGACUUUGGGAGUGUGUAUGUGCUCACAUAACUGGGCUGGCUCUGACUGCUCUGUUUCUCGGGACUCCAACAGUCUGACUUGGGAAACACUACUUGACACUCAACUCACAGUGAAUCAUGCUCAUCGAUUUCUUCAAAGAAUGGGGCAUUCUUUGUUGUCUGGACCACAAGGUAAUCUAUGGCUGUAUGGAGGGCUAUCACUGUCAGAAGGCAUACUGGGAAAUGUGUACAGAUAUACAGUUGCUGACCAUCGCUGGACCCAAAUGCUAACCAGCUCAGUUGAAGAGGGUGCGACUCCGAGUCCACGCUAUCACCAUGCGGCCGCUCUGCUGACCAGCUAUGACUUUGGUUCUGGAAGUCACAACUUCAUGCUGGUGGUCGGAGGGGUUACUCACAGUGGUGUAGCCAUGGAUACCUGGAGUCUAAAUCUCAGCAGCUUAGUCUGGCGGGAGCACAAGAGCUCAGUUCUCCCUCCAGUUGCCGGUCACACUCUGACUGUGCGCAGAGACUCUUCUGUGCUGCUAAUAGGGGGCUACUCUCCAGAAAAUGGCUUCAACCAUCAUCUGCUGGAGUUCAGCCCUCAUUCUGGAAACUGGACAAUUGCUCCUCACACUGGCACGCCACCUACAGGUUUAUAUGGUCACUCUGCAGUGUACCAUGAACAAACAGAUGCCAUCUAUGUUUUUGGAGGCUACCGCUUUCAUGUGGAGACAGUAGAGCCUUCUGGAGAACUUUAUAGUUUGUACUACCCCAACCUUACCUGGUCUUUACUUGUUCCAUCACAGGGUAACAAGCCACUGUCGCGUUUCUUCCAUGCUGCUGCCCUUAUUAAAGACACCAUGGUGAUUGUUGGAGGCAGGACACAGGCAGAGGACUACAGCAACUCUGUGUCCUUGUACCAGAUCAAUUGUAAUACUUGGAUACAACCUGUUUCUGUUGUUGGAGAUUCAGUAAAUCGUUCUGUGUCUCUUGCCAUGACCCCCUGGGGUGGCCGUCUUUUUUUGUCUGGGGGCUUUAAUGGAGUCACCCUCGGGAGACUACUCACCCUGACUGUCCCUGCGGACCCCUGUGCACUUCUGCCCACUCAAGAUGCUUGUAACACCACGACAGGCAGUUGUAUCUGGUGCAGAGGAACUUGUGCCUCUUCAGACAUCGCAGAGAGAAUGGGGUGUUUUACGGGCCAGUCUCCAUGUUCACCAACCCCACGGCAGGCAGAUCAGUGUCGAAGAUUGAAGACCUGUAGUGAAUGUCUUGCUCGGCAUCCCAAGACAUUUGCAAGCCCAUCUCAGCCUGCUCUACAGUGCAAAUGGUGUACAAAUUGUCCAGAGGGCGCUUGUAUCAGCAGUUCUGUGAGCUGUACAUCUGAACACGACUGUCGGAUCAACCAGAGAGAGAUUUUCUUGUCCAGCAACUGCACAGAGACCAGCUGUGAGGCCUCUGACUGCCCCAAGUGCACCGCCUCCGGGAAAUGCAUGUGGACUCGCCAGUUCAAACGCACAGGAGAAACAAGGCGCAUUCUUAGUGUAAACCCCACGUAUGAUUGGACAUGCUUCAGUUACGCUCUGCUCAACGUCUCCCCGAUGCAAGUGGAAUCUUCUCCCCCUUUGCCGUGUCCUCCCCCCUGUCACACCCUCCAAAACUGCAGCCUCUGUCUGGGCUCGCGCGGCUCUGACGGAGGAUGGCAGCACUGUGUGUGGAGCAUGGCUUUGCAGCAGUGCAUGAGUCCAUCUUUUGUGCCUCUGCGUUGCGAGGCGGGUCAGUGUGGUCGUCUGCUCUCUGGUGGGGACUCUUGCUCUCCUCAGUGCUCCCAGCUCACACAGUGCUCACAGUGCAUCGCUCGGCCUCAGUGCGGCUGGUGUGCGGCAAAGGGAGGCAACGGUGCCGGCCGCUGCUUACAAGGUGGACUUGAAGGUGUCAGCGAGGGUGUUUGUCCUCAAAGAAACAGCAGCUGGUCUUUUUUGCGCUGCCCAAAAGAGGAUGAAUGUGCAAAUGGGCAUCACCACUGUAACAGCACUCAGGAUUGCCAUGACCUGGCCGAGGGAUACCACUGCACGUGCAAACAGGGCUACAUACUGAACAGUGUUUCAGGCCAAUGUGAGCCUGUGUGUGCCCAAGGCUGUGUCAAUGGGACAUGUGUAUCCCCUGGAAUCUGUCAAUGUCACUUUGGCUUUGUGGGAGACAACUGCUCUUCCCAGUGCAGCUGCAACAAACAUAGCAACUGUGCGGGUGUCAACAAGCCCGAUGUUUGCCUUGAAUGUCACAACAACACCAUAGGUAAACACUGUGAAAAGUGCAAGCCAUUAUUUGUGGGUUCAGCUAAAGGAGGAGGCACUUGUCGUCCUUGUCGAGAAUUCUGCAGAGGAAAUAGUGCAAUAUGUUUGUCACAUGAUGAACUUAAAAAGGCGCAGGAAAGUCCCAGACUUUUUCCUCUGGAUCCAAGCAGCAUUCAGAAAUGGGUCUCUGAGGGACCAACUGAAGAAAAUGCAGUUUGUGUAAAUUGUCAAAACAACAGUGUUGGGGACCGGUGUGAAAGCUGCCUGGGUGGAUAUUUUCUGUUGCAGGGGAAGUGUGAAAAAUGUCAGUGUAACGGACAUGCAGACACUUGUAAUGAAUACGAUGGCACUGGUUGCCCGUGUCAAAACAACACUGAGACGUCAUCUUGUCUCAGUAGUUCACAGAAUGAUCGCAAAGAUUGCUACAGGCAACAGUGUGCUAAAUGCAAAGACUCGUUCAAUGGCACCCCGGUAAAUGGCAGACAGUGUUACCGUCAGUUCAACGUUGACACAGAAUGUUGCUUUGACCCAACAUCACAGACAAAUUGCUUUCAUGAUCCCAGCAUUCGCAAUCUGCCAAUGGGGCGCACUGUGUUCUUUGCUGCACAACCAAAAUUCACCAAUGUGGAUAUUCGGGUCACAAUUGACGUAACAUUCGGUGAAGUGGAAGUGUAUGUGUCCAACUCCCAUGACACCUUCAUAGUGGAUGUGGAUCGCAACACAGUUUGUGUGCUCUUGUGGAAAGUUAAGCAGUUUCUGGAUUUCCGUCGGGAACAGCGGCGGCAUAUCCAAGAAAUGACCAAGAUGGCAUCAAGGCCGUUUGCUAAGCUAACUAUAUACCUGGAGCCAGAGGAGCCACAGCUGGUGUACCUCCCUUCAGCAGGUGGUGGUGUGGGGGGCACUACUGUAUCUCUUACUCAUGCUCGUGCAAGCAAAUUAGGAGGAGUGGUGCUGGGGCAACGAGGCCGUGCUGGAGCAGUUACCUACAAACAUGAGCCAGGAUCUGGACCAACAGGCCAUCAUCACCAUCACCUCGCCUUGAGUGGAAGUGGAAACAGUGGACAGCAUUUACCACUGCACUACUUGAACACACACCACUAUGCCGGUACCACAUCAGGCACGCCUGCGUCUCACCACCACCACCCGUCCACUUGCCUGGAGGGCUCUUGGCUCCAAAUCGUGCCUGCUUGGGUUCGGCACUUGUUACUCUGCGCCAAAACCUACAAGAAUAUUGCGGCCAUGGUAAUAAUGGUGGUCAUCCGGGGGCAGGAGGAGGGCGCAAGGGUCUACUGGGGCAUCAACAUCUAA